CCAGAAAGGAAAAGGAAAAGGAAAAGUAGCUGUCCUUUUCGGGUUAAGUUUCAAAAUCUGAUAUUUUCACUUGCGUCAAAGUACAGACAAAUACCUAAUUCUGUACAUAUAAUAAUAAUACUACAUUAAUUAAACAGACAUAUACAAUUGUACGUUGCAUCAACGGGCUGAAGGAAGAUUCAGAUUAGCUUAUUCUUUUCUAGUUUGAUCUGUUGUGCAAAUAAUAGUAUUUUAUCAACCUCAAAUCAGCUUGUCAGUAUUCGGUGGACAUGAUCUAUGUUCAAUGAUGAUGAACUGUUGGACUUCAAAAAAAUGCAUGAAUUUUCCACAGUGGAUGGCUUUGUAGAGAUAACUGAAUCCUUGACGGACAUGAUAAAGUUCAUUGCAAACGAGCCUGCUGUGGGGCUUUUCUAUAUUCAACAGCACACCCAGAAAGCAGCGCCCAACCUUGUAAAUCUCAAAAACAAUAUUGAGGAGAAAUCCCAUGAAAUGACUCUGCAGACAGAAGACUUAGAGGAUUCCAUCAUCGUGAUUGGGUCAAUGAAAGAGUGUGGCCUUCCGAUUGCUAACGAGAUGAUUAAAGAUCUCAAACAUAGUCUAGCUGUCAUUUCAAAGAAGCAACCAAAAAAAGGAUUAAUUAGCGGACCCCGUUCAAGUUUCCCAGUAGGUAUUACUACCCCUUGGAGUCCUGCUACUUGGGGUCGCAAUACAGGUACAGAAGACGAUGAUGAGAGGGCUGCUGGUUAUCUUUCAACUGUUUUCAGGUCAGCAAAACAAAAGGCUAGUAAUUUCAAGUGGCCUCAGUUAGAGUCUGGAGAAUCUCGACCAGCCAAGAGCGAACCAUCUUUAUCGGACAGGGAUGAGCCAUCUAUAACGCAUACAAAUGACACGCUAUUAGCUGCAGAUGCGAGCUCUUCUUCCUCACUUGGACAGGCCAAUAGUGAAGACUUAAGCUUGUCAAGGCAAACUGCUGAUGAGAUACAACAAGGACAGGUAAACAAAAGCAUGUCUCAUGAUCACCUGCUGUCUUUAUCUGAAAACUUUGAAGAAUUUAAAGCUGAUAAAGAGGCGAAAUUAGAAGAGUGGUUGGGAGAAUAAGGAAUUUGUGAAGUCCUUUAGCUUGAUAAAUCUAUGACCUCAACGACACUAUUCUUAUGAACGAAACUUCUCUUGUAUUAUGAUUCAUAUACUUUAUACUAGAUGAAUAAAUGUAGAGGCGUUUAUAGCAGACAGGAAAAAGAAAAAAAUACAGUCUUGAAUUUAUGACAAUUCAAGUUGUGUUUGUACAUUGAGGAAUGUAUUGUUUGCAAACUUAAACUGCUAUUAGCUGAUUCCCAUGGUUGUGAUCUA